AUGCUCCUGGAACCCAGGCUGAAGGCCACGGACCUGGUCAUUGUCCACCUGGCCCACACGGCGAUGUUCCUUACCAAAAUGGUCACUGUAUCAGCAUCAGCUCAGCAUCCGAGGCUCCUGCAGACGGACGUCGUAUGUAAGACGUUCGCUUAUGUGUACUGGUUGACCAGAGGCCUCUCCAUCUGCACCACAGGCCUCAGGAGUAUGGUCCUGGCUGUGAUCAUCAGCCCCAGUUCUUUUUUCUGGACCCAGAUCAAAACCCAGGUCCAAAAGAAUAUCCUCCCAAUCUUUAUCCUCCUGUGGCUCCUCAGCUCCAUCGUGGACAUCAACCUCCUGUUCAACACCGUUACAUCUCUGAAUGUGACCAGCUGCGAACCCAGAUGGAACAGUGAUGACUACUGUUCCAUCAAGCCCGUCAGCAGCAUCGUAGGGCUGUUCCUCUUCCUCAUCGCACUCCACGAUAACUCCCUGGAGAUGAGAGCAACCCGGACCGUCCUGUUUCUGGUCAGCUGCUUUAUGCCCUUCUACUGCACGGAGAUCAUACUGUCACUGUUUCUGGAGAGUUCCCUCAGGAACAACAUCACCCUUCUGAAUGCGAAUAUGUCUGUGGUCAGCGGUUAUGCCACCGUCAGCUCCUUCUUGCUGCUAAGCAAUAAUUUCUUUGCCCCUAAUGAUUUCAUCCAGCAACCCCUCUGA